AUGGCACGAAAUAACAGAGAAAUAUUAACAGGGGGCAAGAAGUACAUCCAGAAAAAGAUAAAGAAGAAUGGUGUAGAAGAGGUUGUGUUUGACAAGGGGUCAAGAGUGGAGUAUUUGACUGGGUUUCAUAAGAGAAAAUUGCAGCGUCAGAAGAAGGCACAAGAAACCAUAAAAGAACAAGAAAGGUUGGCACGGAUAGAGGAGCGGAGAAAGAUUCGAGAAGAGCGCCAGAAAGAUAUGGAGAAACAGUUGGCCGAGCUCAAGGAAAAUGCAAAGAUUAUUGGCGCUGGAGGCUAUGAGCUGGAAGAGGAGAUGGGUGCAAAUGAGCAGGAUGAUGAAGAUUGGCAAGGAUUUGAUGACAAGAAGGAAGAAGAAGAAGCUCAAGAUGAGGAUAAAGACAAGGGCAUUCUCAAACGCAAAGAAGUUUACAAACUUGAUGAAGAUAUUCGUCUGGAUUUACCAGCCGUGGUUGAUGAAGAAACCACCGUUGUCGUCGAGUCGCUUGAAAACCCAGCAAUCACCCGUAUACAAAACACCAACCUCGAGGCGUUAGCCAAGGCCAACAAUGUCAAUCUCGAGAAGUCAGAUGAGAUUCUUGAAGAGUCCAUCACCAGAGCCAAAAAUUAUGCCGUUUUGGCAGGAGUAACCAAGCCUCCAGUCAAGGAAAAACAAAAGAAAAAGAAGUUUAGGUAUUUGUCCAAAGCAGAAAGAAGGGAGAACAACCGUAAGGCAAAGGACAAGAAGAGAGACAGAAAGUGA